UGUCUGCAGCGGUUUAAUGGCACCGACUGGAGAAUUAACGCCAUAACAUUCAUAUUAAAUGUUCUUUCUUUCAUAAAGUGGCUGUAAUAAACACAACCAGGAGCUCAGACUGUUUCUGUUUUAUUUUCAGUUUUUAACAAUCAGAGACUUUCAGACACGACGCUGUAACGUCUGAAACUGUAAAAAGACUCAUUUGUCAAACUGUGUGUGUGUGUGUGUGUGUGUGUGUGUGUGUGUGUGUGUUGACAUACCUCAGCGUUAAAUCCUCAGGCUCUGAUCUGCCUGAGGGGAAGAAUUCAACCUGCUCUUAUUCAAAUCAACCCCCCCCUCCACACAGCAGCCAAUCAGCUCGUCUGUGGGCGGGGCAGCAGAGUAUAAGUGUCUCAGGUGAGCAGCAGCAGGUGUACAGAGCAGGACAGGUGCAGGCAGGACGACAGCAGCACACACACACAUUUAUUAUAUAAACACACACACACAUAUGUUUACAGAGACAGCAGAGUGAAGACAGACAGAAGCAAAGUUUCCAUCAUGGCGUCCUUCGUCCCGGAGCAGGGUUUGUCGCCCCCCCUGUGUGGACGUUCCCUCCCCCAGCAGGAGCUGCUGUCUCUGGGUCUGGAUCCGUCUGACUUCAGCCUGUACAGCCCUCCGGCUCCUCCUGAGCCCUCGUCGUCGUCGUGGCUCCCACCUCCCAGCGACCCCUCUCUGUGCUUCAGCGGCCUCGACUCGGGGCCCCCGCCCGGGGCCGCGGCGGCAGCUUUCUUCCCUCAGCUCUACGGCCCCCAGAGACCCCUGCUCCCCGGUGGCUCCUGGUUCCCCCUGCCCUGCCCGGACGACGUGAUGCGCAUGGUCCGCCCGCCGUACUCCUACUCCGCCCUCAUCGCCAUGGCGAUCCAGAGCGCGCCCGAGCAGCGCCUGACGCUCAGCCAGAUCUACCAGUACGUCUCCGACAACUUCCCCUUCUACAGCCGCAACAAGGCCGGCUGGCAGAACUCCAUCCGCCACAACCUGUCGCUCAACGACUGCUUCCAGAAAGUUCCCCGAGACGAGAGCGACCCAGGUAAAGGAAACUACUGGACUCUGGACCCAAACUGUGAGAAGAUGUUCGACAACGGAAACUUCCGCCGCAAGAGAAAGAGGAAGGCAGAUAAUGGGACUGCUGGCAAGAAACCUUCCUCCUCCUCCUCCUCCUCCUCCUCCUCGCCUGACUCCUCGUCCUCCUCCUCCUCGUCAGAGCCCAGCCCCAAACUUCCCAGCAUGCACUGCAGCAGCGACACUGAGCUCCCUUCUCUGUCAGACGCCGUCCCCGGCCUCAGCAGCUUCCUGUGUCACCUCCAGGACUCCCUCCUCCUCCCCCCUCUUCCUCCUCCUCCUCCUCCUCAUCCUGCUCCUCUUCUUCCUCCUCACACUGCCUCGCUGUACAUGCAGGUACCGGACCACACCUCCCCUCCUCCUCCUCCUCCUCCUCCUCCUGCUCCUCCUGCUCCUCCUUCUGCGGGAUUUGUUUCGUCGUACUCGCCCGGCGCCGUGGUGCCGCAGUGGGACGCCUGCAGCGCCUCUCCUCCCCUCUACACCUCCCUCCAUCACUCCUCAUGCUCCCCUCCUCCUGCCCUCCUCUCCUCCUCCUCCUCCCAGUCAUCCCCUUCUCACUUCUCCCCGCCGCUCUACGCCGACCUGCAGACGGCGUCUUGCCCGCUGCCGGAGCUGCAGGCCCAGUGCCAGCCUCUGCUGAGCGGCGGCUUCAGCGACGCUCUGCCCCUCGACUGUCUGGUCCUGCAGCAGUGAAACUGAUGAGAAUCUGUUUUUAAAGUUGGUGAAAAUGUCUUCAGGUGGAUGUUUGAGUUCAGAGCAGCCAGGUCGCUCUGAACUCGCUGUAAAGAACGUGUGAAUGUUUGUAUUUAUCUUUUUUUUUUUUUAUAUUUUCUUAAAAUGUGUCUGAAUGUUUCUAAAGUGUA